AUGGCAACCACAUCCGCCCCGGCCACCGAUGCCGCCUCAUACCUCGACCUUGCUAUCACCCUCACACUCAACAACUGGCCGGCGCUCUCACUAGCCGUGCAAUCAAACUGGGGUGGUCCAACCUCCAGCGACAAGCGCGACUGGCUAUGCGGUGCAAUUUCCGAUAUGAUUCGCGAGAGACCCGAGACCGAUGCCGAAGAUUUGGAGGAAGUCUUGAUCCAAGUGAUGAACGACGAGUUUGACGUGGCGGUGGAUGAUGAGAGCGCCGCGGACGCCGCGGACAUGAUCAUGGAGCUCAAGGUCCAGACAGAUCGCGGCGAGUUUGGCAUUGUCCAAGAGAUGUGGGAGACAUACCAGAAGAAGAGCCAGAACCGCUCUGCUGCCGGACAAUUCCAGAGGGUCGAGGCUGCGGAUGAUGAUCAGGAGACCGAUGACGAGGUGGAUGAUGAAGAGAUGGGCGAUGCGCCUACUUUGGUUCGUGCGCCGCGUGAGCGCGCCGAGCCCGAGAUUGAUGACGAUGGAUUCACCAAGGUCGUUGGAAAGAAGCGCUAG